AUGGACCUGCUGGGAGGAUACGGCUCCGAGUCCGGGUCCGAAGGCGCGGAUGUGAGAGAGACCGACGCGGCAGUGGCGCGACCAGGGGCGCAAGAGGGCUCCGCGAGCGACGACGACAGUGGCUCGGACAGCUCCAGUGAGGACUCCGAGCAGGACGAGGAUCCGUACCUGACAUCUCAACGACGUGCUGAGGAGCUCACGCGUUCUGCACAGGCCCGCAACGGCGAACAGGCGGCUCGCAACCAGGGCACACGGCUGCCCUCCGCUCUCGACGUACUCGACGCGCAAGACGGCGAGGUCCCGGGCUUCCUGGCGCCCGACGCAACGCGGCCGAUGGUGGUGAACCACGCGCACGGGGCAGAGGCGCGGGCUCGCAGGGCCGCGGAGGCCGCUGCGCAGGCCGCAGAGGCGCGCGCCGAGCGGGAGCGCGCCGCACGCGGCGGCCCGGACUUCGACAUCGCCACCCUGGUGACGCAGCGGCCGCAGAAACGCCCUGCGCAGGGCGCGGUGAUCUCCGCGGCGCCGACGAAGCGGCCGGCGGGCGAGACCUCUGCUCCGGCAUCCGCGCUGGAGCAGCACCUGCAGGCGAUCGGAGGCGCCAACCCCGCGGCGCUCGCGAUGCUCGGGGGCGCCGGGCGCGAGGGCGCGGGAGAGAAGCAGCGCAAGCCGUCGGGUGCGAUGGGCGUGGACGACUUCCUGGCGCGGGGCGUGGGCGGCGCGCAGCUGCCGCGGAAAAAGGGGCAGGACCGCGCGGAGAAGGAGAAGCAGAAGAGGGCGCGCGGGCAGUCGACGCACCACGCGUGGAAGAGCGAGGCAGAGAUGGCGUUGCGGCAACAGUACGACUGA